AUGGCAGCAAGUAACAUAGAUUCUGUUGUGGUGGCAGAGAACCAUCAGAAUAAGGUGGAGAUGCAAAACAAAGCAACAGUUGAAAUGCUAUACAAGGGGCUAUUGGGACAAGGAACAACAGAUAUGGUAGCCCAAUUGCUAGCAAGUGACCUUGAAUGGUGGUUCCAUGGUCCCCCUCAAUGUCAACACAUGAUGAGGGUGCUAACAGGGGAAAAACCUCACAACAAUGGGUUCCGGUUCGAGCCGAGGAGUGUCACCGCCGUCGGAGACUGCGUGAUCACCGAAGGGUGGGAAGGGCAGGCCUAUUGGGUGCACGUUUGGACCUUGAAAAAUGGCCUCAUAACUCAGUUUAGAGAGUACUUCAACACAUGGCUAGUGGUGAAGGAUUUGAGGCUACCAAGGUGGGAAGAGAGGCAAGAUAACAUGACAUUGUGGCAGAGUCAGCCUCGUGAUCUAUAUCGCCGGUCACUGCCAGGACUAGUGUUAGCCAUUUAG